UACUUGGCGGAGGGGUAUGCGCAGGAGGGGUACCCUCAGGAGGGGUACCCUCAGGAGGGGUACCCUCAGGAGGGGUACCCUCAGGAGGGGUACCCUCAGGAGGGGUACCCUCAGGAGGGGUACCCUCAGCAGGGCUAUGCGGCGGAGGGGUAU